AUGAGCAACAACAAGAGCAUUGUGUUUGACGUGGUAGGAACAUUGGUUUCUUAUGAUCGCCUGUUCGUGGCCAUAGAUUCGCGUCUUGGCGACCGACUGCGCGCUCAGGGCAUUCAACCCAAGUUGCUUGGUUGUUGUUGGUUGGAAACGGCAGAGAGAGAAUACACAUACCUCAGCCUCAAUGGCCGGUAUGUAGUGUUCUUCGAGAUUUUCGAGGCCUUGUUCUUCCGCGUACUUAUGUACGCUGGCAUUUCGCAGCCCCGCACCUUUGCCAUGCCAGAGGAUGUACAGUAUAUCAUCGGCGAAUGGAGGAAGUUGGACCUCAGGCCUGGAGCAGCUGAAUGCAUCUCGAAGCUUCGUGAAGCAGGUUUCACUGUCUACUGCUUUACCACGGCCGAACUGUCAAGGGUUCAGGGCUACUUCGAUAGAGGUGGAGUUGAAAUGCCUGCUGAACAUCUGAUUUCCUGCGACACCGCAGGGCUAGCCAAACCGAUCCCUGAAGCCUACAAACAGAUCUGGGGUAAAUUCUCAUCAUCUUCAGUCAAGCCCUGGUUCGCUGCCGCGCACAUGUGGGAUGUGUCAGCUGCCACUAAAGUUGGGUUCCGGGGCGCCUACGCGACAGUAUUAGAAGGAGAGGCCCUGCCGGAGAUAUUUGGAGAGCUGGAAAUAAUGGCUGAGACACUACCUGAAAUGGCAGAGAAGAUCAUCGAGGCUUCUUGA